ACUGCGUCCUCGGUUGCUAUCAUGGAGCCACUGUACACAGACGGACUCAGCUGAAGCGUCUAUCGACUCAGUCUGGCCUUUUCCAAACAUUUUAAACGACUUUAAGCGGUUGUUCAGAAUAAGCUGCAACGAUGCGGAUCCGCACAUUUCCUUUGCAGGUUUAUCUUCGCCCUGAAAAUGGCUGAAUUAGCAGACUUAGCAGCUAGCGCCUGAAUCCUGUGCGUCAGCUCGGUGUCAGUCGGGGAUCAACAGGAGGAUGCAAGUUCUGCAGGACAACUUCUUCUACCACUCAAACUCUAGGCUGGGAGCUGAUGGAGGCCUCGAACAUGAGAGGCAACUUUUGGCCGAGGAGCAGAAGUCAUGCAGAGCCCGAGCUCGCAAAUUCUCUCUGGAAACCACCCGACGCAGGAAGGCCUUGGAUGAAAGAUGGAAGCAGUGGGACGUGCAGGAGCAACGGCUGAGAGACAACAUCCUGCAGCAGCGCAGGCAGCAAGUACAGGAUGCGACUGAGCGCUUCCAGAGAGCCCAUCUACCUCCUUCUCAAAGACGCAGACAAUCUUUUAGAAGACAUGUCGGAAAUAUUGAAGACGCGCUCAAUCAAAUCCAAGGCAACCCCUUUAACUUGUCCAGCAACACUAAUGUGAGCAGAAGCUGCACUCCUUCUCCCAAGCCUCCCACAGUUUCUAAAUCUUCCCACCGCCAAGUGCUCUGUGCUUUGGAGGCCUACACUAAACUGCUACAGGAGCAGAGCAGAGCAGAGGAGCAACAAGAUGACAGCCCACAGGGCAGCAACCUGUCUGAUCGCUGUGACUCUGAAAUCCUUUCAAGUAAGGACAGUUUGGAGAGCGAGGAGCCCAGUCACAACGCAAAAAAUCUGCAGCGUUCCUUUUCGUCGUUCUUGCUCGACUCCGUGAAGGCACAUCCGGACCAGAGGAAGCAAAACGACUUGUGCCCAACGUCAGACCUGACGUCUUUCUCGGCGAUGAUGCUUCUUGGCGAUAACUUGGCCCAACCGAGGAAGCAGCACGAACCCAAGCAGAAAACGGAAGAGGAAUCCGGAUGGCUGAAUAAUAAGUUGCAUUUCUCUAAAGCUUCUUGGGAGUUCACGUCUGUUCAGAAAACACCUAAACCAGAGACGGGGGCUGCUCUGCACAACUGUAACUUAUUAACUCUCUGUGAAAUUAUUAGCGGAGACCCAGAGCACUUUGGGCCAAACUCGCCACAAAAUAUUCCCAGUGACAACAUCAUUGUCACAAACAGAGUUGAUUUUGGCUGCAAAGCACUUGAGUUCAAAAAACCCAAAGAAGAGUCUACGGUGGAUAUCAAACAGGAGAGGUUCCACGAUGACGGAUCAUUCAAAUAUUCACAAGCCGCAGGAAUUCCUUUUCUUACCAAAGAUGGCAACAGCAAAGGCACUUUGUUUGGGGCUUCCCCAAAGCCAAAUAUUUUCUUGAACAACAGCACAACAGAUAAUUUAUCCAAUGUAGGAACUCUUCAGAAAACAGAAAAAGAAAUCUACCAUCUGCCAUCCCAGAAAGAACCCAGGGCUUCCAUGAACAAUCUCAAUAAGGUUUCUAACUCGGAGCCCCAAACGGAGAAGCCUAUAAAUACAGCGUUGCUGGAACGCACAGGCUUGUCUAAUGUUGAUUCAGAUGUGCAUAAAUGUCUCGAAUGUCCCGAGGAGGAAAUACAAAAAAUGCCCGAAUCAAUGGCGACGUCUCGUUCUGUAUGCGAAGUCAGAUUCAUCAAAGGAAUCCUUAAAAAGCAGUCCAAAUAUAUGUCAGGAGAUACCACGCGUGUGUUCGGCUCAGGGCAUUUGAUUUUUGCGAAACAAGUGGCUUUAGCAAUUAGAGACAGCGUUGAGUUGACGAGGGCAAAAACUAACACGGGGGGAAACGCCGCUGUCAAGAAGAAGCUGCGUUGGUUCGACGAGGUGCAUGUGGAGAAAGAGGAAAAUGACGCGGCAACGAAGCAGAUGAAAAGCAAGUUUUCCAGUCUUCAGUCAAAGAGCAGCUCGGAGGACCACCAGCUAAGUCUCACCGCGGUCUCAGGGACUCCCAAGGCCGGACCCGGCGUGACCCCUGCAGCCUCGGCACGUUAUCACUUUACAAAGGAAGCAUGGGCAGAUGUGGGGGUUCAAGUCAACUUGCCCCAAGAACGAGCGGACGAGGUCAAGGUGGCGCGGAGCAGCGCCAGGGCCGGCGGCCCCAAGGUCCCUCGGAGAGAGCGCUCCGCCAGAGCCGGAGCGGGUCCUGUUUCCUCACGAACAAGAAAGGGCACCGUCAUACGACCUCAGUCUGCCACCGAGGUGAGUCAGAUUGCCAAAACCCAAGGGAAGGUAAUGGUGCCGCGGCCCCCUCCGCGCACAGACUCAGCAGAAGAGAAGACGGCGUACGUCACUAAGAAUCCAUAUGGCAGCUAUAAACAUGCCCAAGCCGCAGAGCACAAGAGCAUCCCAGAGAGCUUCUUCUCGCCGGACGCACAUCAUGUAAUCACAGCAGACAGCGGUGUUAUGUACACACCUCUCCCGCCCUCGUACGCAUGCCGCUUCUCGGAGGGCAACGCAAAAAGCGCACCGAGCGCGGCUCAUCAGGACAGCUACCACAGAAGAAGAGGGAUGGCGCACGGUGAAAAGGGCCUCUGUUUAGACUGCACUCCCACAGAUGAGGAGAUUUCUCAGCUCUGGCAUGGCGUCCGCAGCGCCUUAACCACCAAGGACGCAAAAACCGUGGCCAGGAGACAGGCCCCGGAGAGUGGGCGAGUUUUACGGAAAGCGUGCUUGGAGCCGAGCAGGCAGCCUCCUGGUUCGGGGAACAGAAGGCUUCUUCAGACCUCUCAGUCAACAAAACACUCCACAGAACUGGUCAGACCGUCAUUCUCAAGUACUCAGGACUCAAGUUUUCCAAAGGAAGGUUUGGAGCGUGCAGCCCAGUUACACCUGGCUGAAGUACACGCUGCAGGCCCAGUGGAGGAGAGGGAUAUUGUUGCUGCCAUGGAGACUGCCCAAACACAGAGGUCUGGAACAGUGCAGCAGCGCGGCCAACAGCAGGGGCUCACCACCAUUUCCUUGGAGGAGAAGAAAAUCCUUCUUUCUCUGGACAGACUUAACCACCAGCUGCACUGUGUGCAGGAACAUGUUGGGGUAAAUACUGGCACACAUGGCCUCGUGCUUGUCGACGCGCCGUACGACGCGAAAGUGGCAAACCAGAAGCGCCGUGCAUCCUCCGCUAACAGUCGCCCUCGAUACCAGAAGAAAUACUGACCCAGAGCUGUUGUCAACAGUGCACGUCAUUCACAUCACUGCAUCAUGUUAUGUAACCAAGCACUUUAUUCCUGGAAAAAUAGAUGUUACCAAAAGUGCCUACCGGAGUAACUUGAGGCUCUAAGCAGAGAUAAAAAGCACAUCAGAGGAAAGACACCAACCAUCGAGUUUAUUGUGUUCAAAUUAGUUUUGUACUUUCACCAUUUGUUUGAACGUGUUGCCACAAAAUAAAUGAUUUGACACUAAACAGUGAAACUUUAAGUGCCUGUGAAAAUGAUUUUGGCAUUAUAAAAGAUUAGCGUGUCAUUUCAUGUUUAUUUUACAUAGUAAAACAUGGAUUUGAUGGAUUGGACAUUGGCACUAGACUGAAUAAAAAUCUAUUGAUAACCUGA